AAAUAAUUUGUCAAAUCCGGCGGAGAUGACACAAGUAGGGAAAUGUGGCGGGCGUAAAGAACACAACAGCUUGCAAUAGAUAUCCCUUUCAAUGUCGAUCGAAAGACUGUUGGGUUACGAAGCUCAAAUUCCUUUCUCUUGCUUUGAGCAAUGUAGGCUGAUGAAACGAACAGACGGCAAAAACGUUGUAUAACUACACAUUAUUCUACAUGGACAAAGACAAGUUCGCGGUGAGCCAUGACCCAUGCUCCUGGUUGGAGAUGCACCAGUUCAUUGGAGACCUGAUGGUGUCUGGGGGGGCUCUGGGGCUAAAAGACUCCCCACCAGCAGGCCCAGGCUCAGCCCCAGGCUCAGCCCAGCCCAGACAGGUCCAGGCCCAGGUAGAGAGCAUUAGAGAGGCCAGAGACAUCAGUGGACAAGCUCAGCAUCAUACCUGCACUUGCCCUGGUUGCCCAUACUCUUCCUCAUUUUCCUCCUUCCAGACCAUAAAGCCCAGAGGCACUGUGUCCUCACAGCCCGAGCCCAGCAGCACCUACAGCCCAGAACUCAGUCAGCCCCAGAGUCAGGACAAGGAGACCAGCACCCAUAGCCCCAGCCCAGCCCCUACCACUUCCACUAACCAGGGUACUUCUUCACCAAGCCCCCUGCCUCAAAUUCCAACCUUCCCUUGUUUCUGCUGCCGCCGGGGCUUCCAGACCUGCACCCAGCUACUGCACCACCAACAGGGGGCAGCAGACUUUCCCUUCUCCCAGACGCACACCCACUACCACCACCACUCCCCACUUACCACCUGCCUGCCCCACCACCACUCCCACCAUGGCCUGUCCUCUGGCACCUUCUCCUGCCUGUCCUGCCAGCAUUCCUUCCCCUCCUGCUCCCAGCUCCUCCGCCACCAGCAGGGCCACAACCCCCCCCAGAACCAUGUUGGAGGGGUGACCACAGUGUCCCCCACCCUACACCCAUGCAUGCACUGUCCAGCCUCCUUCCCCCGACCUUCUCAGCUGCUACAACACCAGCGCACCCAGCACGCUCACAAGGCUGGUGGCUUCCUGUGCACUGAGUGCGGGCGCGCCUUCAACUCCCACUCCAACCUCCGCAUCCACCUCAACGUACACACCGGCGCCCGGCCCUACUCAUGCCCUGACUGCGGCAAGAGUUUCAGCCAGUCAGGAGCGUUGAAGAUCCACCGUCGCAUCCACACUGGGGAGAGACCCUAUACCUGCACCUACUGUGGGAGGGGCUUCCCCCACCUGGCCGGGGUCCGGGCCCACCAAAGGACCCACACAGGUGAGAAGCCCUACCGCUGCACCCAGUGUGGGAAGUGCUUCACCCAGUCGGGGGCACUGAAGAUCCACACAAGGAUCCACACGGGGGAACGACCGUUUGUGUGCAGCCUCUGUGGGAAGGGCUUCUCCAACCGCUCCGGCAUCCGCUUCCACCAGCGCACUGUCCAUGGGAUGGUGUCGGAUAUGGGAGGGGGUGGAGGGGCCGGUGGGUCCCAUAGGGGGAGACAGAGUCUAGGCAGCUCAGCUGCUGUGGGACGCCCCAGCGCCAAUCCAAACAGGAUACGCAACAGCCCCCAUACUGACGUGUGCUCUAGCAUUACUCCUGCCCCGACCAAAAUCCUUUCCCCUGGGUCUCUCCUUGCUCCUCCAGGAUCAGGUCUGACUAUAACCUCAGACAAAGAGGCCCAGUUCCAGUCUAGCGGUGUGAAGAUCCACUCCGGAAGAGCAGAACCAGACAGUAGCAGGGAAGGGAGGGCUCAGCUGUACACCUGUGAGGACUGUGGCCUGCGUUUUGAGGACGCUCCCUCCAGAAACAGACACCAAACUCUGGUGCACUACUCUACAGAAGGGGUAGAGGAGGAUGACCUGGGGGACACUGAGGGGGAGGGGUGAGAGGGAGAGAUGGAAGCUUGAUGCAGUAGAUUGUUGGAUCAAAGGCUAAGGGAGAGGUGGGAAAACUGGAAUGGGAACAUGGAGAGGUGAGAAGAGGCCGAAAGCUUGAGACUCAUCGAGGAGGAAAAUGUGUAAAGGCAUGUUGGUGAAGGGAGGGUGAGAAGACAAAGUGAAACAUUAAGUGUCUAUCAAUGGGAUCUAUGACAUAUUUCAGGUUGAAUUCCACUGUAAAAGAUUCCAGGCCUAAGGAAGUCUUUUGCGAUAGUUUUCACAUUUUGUGAGUCCAACUUUCUCUUUGUCAAAAAGUCAAGUACCGGCCUCCCGGGUGGCGCAGUGGUUAAGGGCGCUGUACUGCCACCAGAGACCGCUGGUGGCACAGGUUAGGGGUUAGGGGAGGGUGUGGGCGGGGUUGGCCAUAAAUAAGAAUUUGUUCUUAAUUGACUUGCCUAGUUUACAUAAAGGUUAAAUAAUACAUAAAAAGUAAGUGCAGAAGUGAGGAUAUGUUGUAUUUAGCAUCAUUAUGUAAUAUAUAUUUUGUAAUAAUAUCUAUUUAGCUCAUUGUGCCUUGAUGUCAGAUUAGAUCAUUCUAGUACAUAAAAAAUACAUAUAUUUGCAUAAACCACACUGUACUAAACUUCAUGACAACUGAUAUGUUAGUGGUUUAGUGAUUUUAUUGAGGAUCAAUAUCUUCACUGUUGGAAGAUAUUUCUUAUACAAAGUAUAUUUUUUAUCAGGAUCAUUUCUCAGAGACACAUGGUUUGUUGACCUGUUUUCUAUUGCUUUAGAUCUCCACCUAGUGGACAUUUAGAAGCAUAGCAGCAGAAACACAGACACUGAAACUAGUCUGUCAAGGCUACAGGUGUCACUCAUUCUACGGAGGUCCGAGUGUCUUCGGGUUUUAGCUGCUCCCUUGUCCUUGAUUUAUGAAUUGCGGUCACUAAUUAGUAAGGAACUCCCCACACUUGGUUGUCUUGGGCUUAAUUGAAAGGAAAAGACAAAAACCUGUAGACACUAGGCCCUCCAUGGAAUGAGUUUGACACCCUUCUCUAGAUCAGUGGUUCCUCAACCAGUAGUACUAGGACCCCUGGGAGUACUUGGCCUAUCCACAGGGGGUACUUGCACAUGAAGGGGUAUUUCAGCAGUGGAGGCUGCUGAGGGGAGGAUGGCUCAUGAUAAUGGCCGGAAUGGAGUAAAUGGAAUGGAAUUGGAAUCAAACGCAUGAAAACCAUUUGUUUGAUGUAUUUGAUACCAUUCCACCGAUUCCGCUCCAGCCAUUAUCAUGAGCGUAUCCUACCAAAUGAAGGUGCCACCAACCCCCUGUGCUUCAGGAGUAGUCCAGACUGAGCACAAUUCAGGUGGGGGUCCAGUUACUGAAAAAGGUUGAACUAUUGAUCUAGAUAUCUGUGUUGCCUCCCAAUAUUUUCAAACGUUACUGUUGCCUGGGGUCUUUUAUUUCCAGACACUGAAACUAUUGAAACUUUUGUUUGGCCAACUUCCCUUCUUUGGUAUUCUGGAGCCUCGAGGACAAAAGACUGAUUGAGGACCUUUUUACCGGAGAAUGUGUUGGUUUUCUAUGAUUGUGUGUUGAUGUGAUUAUUUGUCUAUAUUGAUGUAUAUAGUGUGUAUGUAUACAGACAGGGCUCAUCUGUAAAAGAGAUGUCUCCCUGUCAAAAUACAUUUUAUAUAUCCGUCUGUU